AUGGCGGAGCCGGGCGCGGAGGAGCCCGACGAGAGGCUGCUGUUCCUCGCGGAUCCGCCGCCGUCGCCUCCUGAGGCGGAGCCGCCCCGGCGGGGGCCGCGGAGUGCGAGAGCCACCCCCGGCGGGGCCGUGCGGCAGUGUGGGGAGCCGGGGCUCGAGGAGGCGGAAGACUCGGAGGACUCGGGGCCCGAGGGGGAUGGAGAGGAUGAGCCUCUCCUGCGGGCGUCGGGUAGCGGCCGCGGGCGGCGAGCGGGCGCCGCCUGGGACAAGGAGCGCCGCGCCGCCGCAGGGAAUACAGGACAUACUGCAGAUAUGAAUAUAUUUUUAGAUGAUCCAGAAUUUGCAGAACUUAUUCUGAGAACAGAACAAGCUAUAGAGUGUGGAGUUUUUCCGGAAAGAAUCUCUCAAGGAUCCAGUGGGAGUUACUUUGCUAAGGAUCCAAAAGGGAAAAUUAUUGGAGUGUUCAAACCAAAAUCUGAAGAGCCUUAUGGACAUCUAAAUCCAAAAUGGACCAAAUAUUUUCACAAAGUUUGUUGUCCUUGCUGCUUUGGCAGAGGCUGCCUCGUUCCGAAUCAGGGAUAUCUCUCUGAAGCUGGUGCCUAUCUUGUGGAUGAGAAGCUGGGGCUUGGAGUUGUACCUAAAACCAAGGUUGUCUGGCUUGUCAGCGAGACCUUUAAUUACAGUGCAAUAGAUCGUGCAAAGUCAAGAGGAAAAAAAUAUGCUUUAGAGAAAGUGCCAAAAGUUGCUAAAAAAUUUAAUCGAAUUGGACUACCUCCUAAGGUUGGCUCCUUCCAGCUGUUUGUUGAAGGAUAUAAGGAAGCUGACUACUGGCUCAGGAAGUUUGAAGCUGAUCCUUUACCAGAGAACACAAGGAAAGAAUUUCAGUUGCAGUUUGAAAGAUUGGUUGUCUUGGAUUACAUCAUCAGAAAUACAGACAGAGGUAAUGACAACUGGUUAGUCAGGUACGAAAAACAAGAUGAUGGACUUGAUCUGUCUGAUAAGGACAGCCAAUGGACUAUAACUAAAGAAUCUGUUAAAAUUGCUGCAAUUGACAAUGGUUUAGCAUUUCCUUUUAAGCAUCCUGAUGAGUGGAGGGCAUAUCCCUUUCACUGGGCUUGGCUUCCUCAAGCAAAAGUUCCUUUCUCUCAGGAGAUCAGAGAUCUAGUUCUUCCUCGCCUUUCUGAUAUGAACUUCGUACAGGAUCUUUGUGAAGACCUUUAUGAGCUAUUUAAGACUGACAAAGGAUUUGACAAGGCUACUUUUGAAAACCAGAUGUCUGUUAUGAGGGGGCAGAUACUAAACCUUACUCAGGCAUUAAAGGAUGAAAAGAGUCCCAUUCAGCUUGUUCAGAUGCCACGUGUGAUUGUAGAGCGAAGUAGCACUGGAAGUCAGGGCCGAAUUGUUCAUCUGAGUAAUGCAUUCACACAGACCUUUCAUAGCAGGAAGCCUUUCUUUUCCUCCUGGUAGCAACAAAAAUACGUGGGAAGAGUAAGUUUCUCUUAACUUUAGAAAGCUACUUCUGUGUAAAGGCUCUGCAAUAAUGUACUUCUGCUGUCUACCAAGAGCUCUGACUGCUGACACCUCAGAACUUAAAUUCUAAAGACUUAAGAAAUGUAUUUUGAAUGUAAUAAAAGUUUACAAUUUUUGUGUCAAAA